AUGCAGUUCAACACCAUCGUCUCCGCGGCCGUUGCCGUCUUUUCCCUCGGCGCCGUCAUCCAAGCCAGACCUCUGCCUUGCACAGAUCUUAAGCGUGACCUCAUCCUCAGCGGACAGGCCAGCCCCGAGAUAUGCUGCACAUACGGCAUCUGCAAGGGCGACGUCAACAUCAUCAGCGGAUGA